UUAUUUAUAGUAGUCUGAAGCCUUUGUAUUUUUCAUAGCUCUACUGAAGGGUUUGUGAAAGGCAAACAUUGUGAAAGGCAAACAACAUUUUGUUGUUCAUCAUGUAUGCAUUUUGGAAUGCGGGUAGCGCUCUUAUCUUGGAUGGCAAACCUCAUUUAAGCAGUGUUCCCAGCAUAUACAAGAAUACAGGAUGAAAAAAAGUUGUAGCCCUGAAACACUGUUGCAUUUGCUUUCUAGCAUGAACAGUCUUCUCAAUCAUCUUCAGCCUCCUGGCCCAUGCAACAUUUGGCGCCCGGAACAGGGACCCCUUACUUCGUCCGGCGAGGACAGGUGCACCUUCAGUUUUCGGGCUUCUCAACCUUUCGAGGUUUCUUGGCCCGUGCAAUGGCCCAAAUGUGCUGUUAAUUCCUUGUGGGGCAUUGGUGGGUCAACAUCUUCCUGGCAAAGCGUUCAUCAUAUUACCAUCACAACUGCAGUACAAAUAGGUGUUCCUGGUCGAUUAUCAGCUCGCAGGAAGUGUGCAGCCUUGAGACCAGCAUGUUCUGAUGAAGUCAUCAUGGACACUCAACUUUCUGCAUUGUCUACCUAUGGACGUGCAAUAACUGGAGCAAUAACUGGAGUCAUUACCUUGGGAUCAUAUCCAGGAAUAAUUGCUCAAGAAAAUAGACAUUCUAUUUUAGGACUUACAUGUCGUUUAGAAAAAUCAAUCAAUGUUACUGCUGCAAUCAUUAGAGAUUUACAGAAUGAAAUUGAAGAAUUAAAUCAAGAUAUGCUUCAACAACGUUUUGCUAUAGACUAUUUGUUGGCUCGUCAAGGUGGAUUUUGUACUUUGGUUGGUCAGCGUGCUUGUGCUGUGCAUUUUCAUUCACUUAAUAAAACUAUUGAGGAUGAACUGGCUAAUUUACAGGCUUCCAUAAAAGAUAAUGUUCAUGAAAAGUUUUCUCCUUUUGAUUGGUUAACUAAUUGGUUACCUGAUUUUUCUUGGCUAAAACUUUUGUUUUUCUAUGGUUUGAUUGUAUUUGUUUUUCUUAUAAGUUGUGGUUGUUUUAUGCAAUGCAUUCCUUCAUUUUGUGCUCUUUUCCGUAAGCCUUCUCCAAUUACUUUGCAUCCAAUUCAAUUACGUGCUAUUGAAAAGUCUCUCUUUUCUUCAUUAAAAACAAAAAGCGAGGAAAUGAAGGGUUUGUGA